CCUCGAAGAAAGCUGCCGCUGCGCUCUGCCCAGCAAUCAACCGUCUUGCACCCCCCGUUGCCAGGUUCCAAUGCUUACAAAGCGCACGUUACUCCACUACGUCUCGCGCAGCCCUAGCCCCACGACCCCGCAACUUCACACGACCAUCACCACAGCAGACGCGCUUUGCUUCUUCAAAAGCAUCCGAGGAGAACCUGGGCAAAACCGGCCUGUAUGAGCUUCACAGCAGACAUGGCGCCAAAUUCGUGCCCUUUGGCGGGUACUUGAUGCCGGUCCAAUACAGCGACUUGAGCAUCAUUGAGUCGCACAAUUGGACGCGGGAAAAAGCCAGCUUGUUUGAUGUUGGGCACAUGUAAGAUCCAUGGACAGCGGCGGCGGCGGCAGCGAUGGUGGUGAAUGGCAAUCACUGUGAACUAACCACGUGCAGGGUCCAGCACCACUUUUCUGGCCCUGGUGCCGAGGCCUUCCUCGAGAGCAUCACACCCUCUUCCCUUUCAGCACUACCCAAGCAGCAGUCCACUCUCUCUACGCUGCUGCAUCCCACUGGCGGCAUCGUUGACGACACAGUUAUCACGCGCCUCGCGGAUAGAUUCUACGUCGUCACAAAUGCAGGCUGCAGAGAAAAAGACACCGACUACUUCCACAAGCAACUCGACGCAUGGAAAAGUGCGCAUCCCGAUCAGCCUGUUGAGUGGAAGAUUCUGGAUGGACAGGGCCUUGUUGCCCUUCAGGGUCCCCUAUCCGCCGAGAUACUAUCCCGCGUGCUAGACGACAAGUCGAAAAAGGACCUCGAAUCUCUCUACUUCGGCCAGUGUACCACUGCGACAAUCAAGGGUACUGAUGCCGAGGUGCUUGUCAGUCGUGGUGGCUAUACUGGUGAAGACGGCUUCGAGAUCAGCAUCCCCCCGUAUGCCACAGAAGCCGUCACUCAGUAUCUGCUCGACUCGGCCAAAGAAGAGUUACGGUUUGCAGGUCUAGGUGCGCGUGAUACCCUGCGAUUGGAGGCAGGCAUGUGCCUUUACGGUCAUGACCUGGACGACACCACAACCCCCGUUGAGGCCGGCCUUUCCUGGAUCAUCGGCAAAGACCGCCGCGCCAAUGGUGGCUUCCUGGGUGAUUCCGUUAUCUUGCAGCAGUUGAAGAAAAAGUCUGAAGGCGGCGGUGUAUCACGUCGCCGAGUCGGCCUUAUUGUUGAGGGAUCGCCUGCCCGAGAAGGCGCUGAGAUUGUAGACGACGCCGGCGAAAAAAUUGGCACCGUCACCUCCGGCUGUCCCUCGCCCACCAUCAAGAAGAACAUUGCUAUGGGGUACAUCAAAGAUGGUAUGCACAAGGCAGGGACCGAAGUCGAGGUUGUGAUUCGUGGUAAGAAGCGAAAGGCUGUUGUGACAAAGAUGCCCUUUGUCCCAAGCAAAUACUUCAAGCAGCCAGCAAACACCAAGGCAUAGGCCACUGUUGAACACACAAUUAUGGCAUCUUCAACCUGCCACUGCCUCGUUGGCACACAUUGUCUCGAGCUACCUAAGCUCCGACAGCGCCGGGGCUCCGCGUAGCGCCGCUCAAUCCGAUUCGGAGACUUAGACAGCUGUCGAAAUGAAUAUGGAGAGCGUCUGCGCAGGUCUUUUGCACCAUGUCACCCAAAAAUAAGAUUAUGAACCAUACACG